AUGGGCAUCCUGGGAUCGCGCUUUGAGCAAACGGAGAAGCUUGGAGAUAUCCGAAGCAGCAAGGCUGAAGGAGAGGAAGAUUGGACCACCGUGAAGAAGGAUGACAACUUCAGGAAGGGCAUCGAUGUUGGCAUUCCUGUGUAUGACCUCAAGAAAAAGACCGUGUCGGUUCUCUAUGACCCCCUAGCAGUGACCAAUCAGGACUUAGUCAACACAGGCUUCGAUGCUUUGAGCCUCAUCCUGUGGGAGAUCGAGUAUGUUUUCGGCAAGGGGGACAAUUUCCAGGGUCAGAGCUUCGCCAAACUCAGGUGCAUUGUCAUCAAUGAGGACGGCCUGUGUGACUUGUCACAGACGCUUUUGCGCGACGCGCAGGAUCCCGCAGCCGAGUUCGAAAAGUUCCACGACCCGAGCAUGCUCUUGGAGGUUGCGGCCGCGUUUUUUGAGCCACCCAGUUGUGAUCGCAAGUCGCUGACGCCUGAUGAGCGCAGAAAAGCCAAAGAGGAGCAGCAUCGAUUGGACGCCCUUCGGGAUACCUGCGAAAAGUUGAUCCUCUUGUGCAGGGCUCUCAGCCAUCAUGCCGUGCAAGCAGAUGGCGAGCAGCUGCCAGCCAAGAACGCCGCGAAAGCAAUUGCCCACAUGAGUGCAGUUGCUCACGCACUUCAAGAAAGAGCUCGUGAAAAAGGCCAUGUGGUGAGCAACAUCGAGCACUACAUGAACUUGCUCGAGGUGCUGGAAGAAGAAUUAAAGGAGGGCUCAAACUACAAGAAGUUCCGCAGACGAGAGCGUCAAGCCGAGUACAUGGCCAGCCAGGGCAAGGCCGCGAGCUACACGAAGCUCUCCUGA